UUGACGCGAGAAGCUGGCCGCCGGCAGGCCGCGGAGGAGUCGGGCAAUUGGCGGCCGUGGUCCGUGGAGCAGAGCACUCCCGAAGGGCCCCUGAAGCCGAACCAAACUCCACGCAUAACCUUCUCUGACUCAUGGGGCCCUCUCCGUCGCCGCCGCAGCCGCCACCGCCGCUUCCGGCGACCGGCCGCCUCCUCGUGCUCUACGCGUCGCAGACCGGCAACGCCAUGGACGCCGCCGAACGUGUUGGGCGCGAGGCCGAGCGCGGUGGCUGCCCGGCCGUCGACGUCCUCUCCAUGGACAGCUUCGACCCCAGUUGCUUGCCGGGCGAAAGGUCCGUGGUGUUCGUCGUGUCCACCACGGGUCAGGGCGAUCCCCCGGAUUCCAUGAAGGGGUUUUGGAGGUACCUUCUUAAGAAGGACCUUGGUGCCAGGUGGCUGGAAGGACUCCGUUUUGCCGUAUUUGGGCUCGGUGAUUCGGGCUACCAGAAGUACAAUUUACCUGCAAAGAAGAUCGAUAGAAGGCUUUUACAACUUGGUGCAGAAAUAAUCAUAGAGAUAGGCUUGGGAGAUGAUCAGCACCCUUCAGGAUAUGAAGGAGCUCUAGAUCCUUGGUUGCUGUCUUUGUGGGAAUCGCUGAAUAAAGCAAAUCCAUCACUUCUACCAAGAAUAACUGAUAUCAUUAAUCCUAAUUUGAAUUAUUUGGGGGAUUCAAAGAUCGAAGUCAUAUAUUACUCUUGCAAUGAUGCCCCUCCAGAUUCCGUUGUUUCAGACUCCAAGAAAUUAAUCGAGAGAGCACGCUUAAUGUCCCCUGCUCUGAAGUUCCAUAGUGAUGGAGAGCCACAAUACAUGUUAAAGAUGGUAACAAAUCAGCGUUUGACUAAGGAGGAUUAUGAGAAAGAUGUGCGCCACUUUGAAUUGGAAGAUCCAUCUUCUGCGAUCAGCUAUCAAGUUGGCGACGCGUUAGAAAUUCUACCAAGUCAGAAUCCAUCAGCUGUUAAUGCUUUCAUUGAACGCUGUAACUUGGAUCCAGAUUCUUACAUAACGAUUAGAGCAAAGGGAGGGGAUGAAGUUUCCAACGGUUCACUUUUGAAUGGCUCGAUGGGUCGCAUCAAGUUAAGCACCUUUGUUGCUUUGACAAUGGAUGUUGCAUCAGGUUCCCCUCGUCGGUAUUUCUUUGAGAUCAUGAGCCAUUUUGCAACAGCUGAACAUGAAAAGGAAAGGCUUCAGUAUUUUGCUUCUCCUGAAGGUAGAGAUGACCUCUACCAGUACAAUCAAAAGGAGAGUCGGACUGUUCUAGAAGUAUUGGAGGAUUUUCCCUCGGUGCACAUGCCUUUUGAAUGGCUGGUGCAACUAACUCCUCCAUUGAAGAAACGGGCCUUUUCCAUAUCAUCAUCGCCAUUAGUACAUCCAAAUCAGAUACACUUGACUGUUAGUAUUGUAUCAUGGCUUACUCCUUUCAAGAGGACAAGGCAGGGUCUCUGCUCCACAUGGCUGGCAGGUCUCAGUCCAAAUGAAGAAAAUCUUAUACCAUGUUGGGUACACAAAGGAUCCCUGCCUCCUCCAAAGCCAUCGAUUCCUCUUCUACUUAUUGGACCAGGAACAGGAUGUGCACCAUUUCGAGCAUUUGUGGAGGAAAGGGCUGCACAGAGUGCGAGAGAAUCAACAGCUCCCAUUCUGUUCUUUUUCGGCUGUAGAAAUGAAGACAACGAUUUUCUAUACAAGGACUUCUGGUUGAAGCAUGCCCAGGACAAGGGAGUGCUGUCCCUGAAAGAAGGCGGUGGUUUCUUUGUUGCUUUUUCCAGGGAUCAGCCUCAAAAGGUCUAUGUACAACACAAGAUAAAGGAGCAGAGUGCAAGAGUGUGGAACAUGUUAUGCUCUGGGGCUGCAAUCUACGUUGCAGGGUCUUCUACCAAAAUGCCUGCUGAUGUUACAGCUGCACUAGAAGAAGUUGUCCGCCAAAAGGGCGGUGAGGCUGCUUCAGGAUGGCUCAGGAAACUGGAAAGGGCUGGUAAAUUUAACAUUGAAACUUGGUCGUAACCGUGAUUUGUCACUGUCAAACAGGGCAAGAAAGUAUGUAUGAACAAUCAAUCGUGCUCCGCAGUUAUUUAUGGGGUAGCAAUUCAGCGUAGAUCAAAGAUUUCAGGAAAGUAGAUGUAUAUCUGCACAUAAAUACAGAUACAGAGUCAUUUAUUCUUCGACGGAAAAAAAUACAAGGGAAAUCAAACACAUUCCCUGUUUCACUGUUGUAUCUGUAUUCGGGACGAUGUAGGUUCGGUUCAAAGAAGAGUGGCGGCUUGAUUUUACGUAGUGGGAUAAAAACAAGUGACAUGUGGUGAGAGCAGCAGUUGCUGUAUUUGAUGUGGUUUUAAUCUGCGAUGCUCUGUUAAAUUUGUUGACCUUAUGAUGUAGGAGUAUUAUCUAAUCUGUACUCAGUGGCCAGUCUUGAAUAUUUACUAUGACGCCCUAUGAUCAUUCACGAUUUCCGUUUGAACAGUUAAA